ACUGUGACUUCGAGCGUGAUGUGUGCGGCUAUGUACAGGCACAGGAGGAUGAUCUGGAGUGGGAUCGGCUCAAGGGCUGGUCCCGAAACGUGCAGAACACACUGCCCAGCAGUGAUCAGACCACCAAGAAAGCUAACGGCUGGUUCAUGGCUGUCCAGUCCCCGGUCCGGCCGUACUACCCAAAAGUCGCGCGGCUCCAGACCCCCCAGAUCCGCUCCUGGUCGGGAUACCCGGAAAAGUGCCUCACGUUCCACUACCACAUGGCCGAGAAGUACCCAGACCACUUCCCAAGAAAAGGGUCGAACCAGCUGCUUGUUUACGCCACGUCCAAACUUUACUACGACGAGCCAGUUUUCGUCGCCAGUGACGUCAUGGAGGAUGAGUGGGAGAAGGUUUCUGUCACCUUCUCCUCAGAGAAAGACUUCCAGAUCGUGUUUGAGGCGAUAAUGCUGUCUGAGUAUCCAGGCGACAUCUCAAUCGAUGACGUCACCGUGGACGAGGGGUCAUGUGAAGACCGUCACGCCUGCAAGCGUUCGCGUUUCGGCUGUUGUCCAGACGGGCGCACGCGGAAGCUGGACAGCUCGGGCCGAGGGUGUAAGUACGUGGGAAGACUCGGGGCUGAUCCGGACGGGUUUGACGAGGAAACAGAGGAAGGAUACACCAUCGACAAAGUGCUGGGAGACAGCUGUGUGAUGUUCCUGGGGGAAGAGUUUCUGGACUGUUGGAAACGCUACAAGGCUGAGACUGGGCGGAUCCGGGCAAGGGGAGGCCGGGAUGCAGUCAGGGGAGCAUGCAGGCUGAAACUGGGAGAAUCCGGGCGAGAGGUGGCAGGGAUACAGUCAGGGGAGCAUGCAGGUUAG